AUGUCAUAUAACGGUAUUGGGCUAAAAACUGCCAGAGGCAGUGGUACUAAUGGAUACAUCCAGAAAAGUUCUGCAACCGAACGGUUUUCAGAAGGUGUGUACGCUCAUCGACAGCGACAACAGGCCAGAUAUGAAAGAGAUCAGAGGAUAUGGGCCUCGACAAAUAUUGCUGAUAGAUACGUGGAUCAGGGAAUAAUCGAGCAUGAUCGUAAAAGACAGGUUGAAGUCAAGUGCUGUGAACUGAGAGAUAAGCUGGAAGAGGCUGGAGACAUCGCUGAAGAUGAAAUCGAGAAACAAGUUUCUGAUCUGAGGAAAGAGCUUCAUGAAAAACUGAAAAAGGAUGGACAACUUGAUGGGUCAAAAUUGGCAAGUACUCAUGAGGUUGCUGAAGCAAAGGCAGCUUUGAAUGAGAGACUUCAGACAGCUAUUAAUCAAGCGAGUACAAAGAAAGUUUAUGGUAGCAGCUCAAGGGUCAGAAGAGGCGAGCGUGGUGACGAUAGGUCAGAGCCCGCAGGACAUCGCCGAGAUGGGCGAAAUGGUCCUGAUGAUCGGGGUCAUUCUAAGAGGUCUGAUCGAGAUGAUGAUAGACGUGCUGGACAUUCUCGUAGUCAGAGAGGAGGUGAAAGGUGGGGUCGUGAGGGCAGAGAAAAAGAAUGGAAGGCCGACGAUUAUGAUGACUAUAAAGAGUCACGACGUUCUUAUGAUCGUAGAGGUCGGUCUAGAUCACAGUCGCGCUCAAGAUCUCCAUCUAGAUCACCACCAGCUAGCUCGGGUCGUGGUCAUAGUAGUCGUAGAGCAAGAUCAAGGUCACCUGAAAGACGCCGGUGGUCGCGCUCUCCUCAACGGCGUUCCAGAAGAUAUGAAUCUGUGUCGCGAUCUCCACCUCCACGUAGCCGACGACGUUCAAAUUCUCCUUCAAAAGAAACGCGGUCUAAGAGUCCACAAAACUAA